GGAAAAUCCCCUCCCCCUUGCCAACAGCCGCACGCUAUCACACAAGUCAAACGUCAAAAAUUUCCGAUUUAUAUAACACAAUGCAAUAAGUUUCAGAAUUUUGCAGGAAAUCGUCGAGAAUUUGCGGCUUAAUUUGGAAACUCUGCGCUUGAACCGCAAGAGUAAUCGUCCGAAUAACGAACAAUGUUGAGUUCACUAUCCGGAAGAGUCCCCGUGCUCUCCGUCGAAUUCGCUCAUCUCUUACUACGAAACACUGCCAUUCGAGCUUCAUCCAACUGGACCAGUAUCAGUCACGCUAGAAGAAACCAGCACUUCCUAAAGCCAAACUUUGCCCUGGCCCAACAGCAGGCGCAGUACUCUAACGGUUCCCCGAGUACAUUACCAGCGCAAGCCAAAGCAUCCGAUGAGGGAAAGGAAGGAUUCAUCAAACGGUUCAUCAAAAAGAUGGGCUGGAUAGACAACUCCCGCGUCCGGCUGCGAGUUUCCAGUUGCACCCUAUACGAAUCCGUAGCGGACAACAUCAACUACGAUGAGUUUUUCACCUACUUCAAAAUGCCAGACACAUUCAACACCUGGUUUUUGAUCACCGAACUGCACGUGUGGAUGUUACUUGUCCGCUCGAUGGCCGAGGGUGCCGAGAAGGACGAUGCCGGACGUUUCCUGCGCAAUUGCAUUGUGGAAACCAUGUGGAACGACGUGACGACCCGAGCGAAACAACUGUCCGCGCACAAUCCUUCGGUGGUGCGGCCGCAGAUUCAGCUGCUCUCGGAACAGUUCCAGGCGGCGCUGAUCUCCUACGACGAGGGCGUCAGCUUUGACGAUAAGGCGCUGGCUUCGGCCCUGUGGAGACGGUUCUUUUCCGGCCACUGUAAGGAUUACGAACAGUUGGAACUGUUGGUGAAAUACGUGCGGAAACAGAUCGCCAUGUUAGACGGAACAAGUCGCUAUGAUUUUGCAAUAAAGCCAAAAAUAAAGUGGUUGCCAUUGUUGGACAAACCAUCUGCCUAACAUAUAACUUGCAUGUUAUAAGGCGCUGGCGUAACGACUUGUAAAUAUACAUACAGUGACAGUAAACAUAAUAUUCGAUGUAAAUUUAAUGAAUGAGAAGUUCGUUGUUUUUUUUUGUAACUCGGCUGAUGCAACAGAUGGAAGGUAAAUUAUGCUUAGGGGCAAUGGGGGCAAUAUAAACAUACGGGGAAAUAUUAGCCACUCCGAUUUGACCUCGAAAACAAUGUUUUAUAAUGUCAUUAUGAUCUGCUAAAGGAUGCUUCAAAUAGACACCACAAUAAAAACCGUAAGAAAAUUCGUUCCAACACUCGAAAUAUUUAUAAAAAUGUUCGAUUUUGUCCUUUGUCAUAAAAAGCUUAUAAUUUUAGCAGUUUUUAAUUAAGCUUAUAAGACAAUUACAUAUAUUUAUUAUUCUCGUAAGUUUUACCAAACCAUCGAAACUUCUGAUAAUACUAAACAAUUCGUGUGCGAAACUAGAUUUGUUCGUAUACAGAAUUAUUAGAAAACAUAAUAUUAUUUAAAAAGUGAAGGGCGGGGUAAUAUGAGCCAUCAAAGUUAAAGCUAGAAAAACGAUAGUUAAAACACAAAAAUUCAUUGCCUAAAUAUACUAAAUUAUUUUUUUACUGCAUAGUCAUCUUGGUGCACCAUUACAAAUGGAAUACUUUGCUAGAAAAUAGGGUGAACCAAGUGUCGCAAUUAAUACUAGAAUUACAUGGUUGCUUACUAUGUCUUAUGAAAUUAUCAAAAAUAGGCCGCUAGAAUUAUAGCGUGAGGAAUUUGAUUAUCUGUGCACUGAUUUGCACAAAUCGUUAAAAUUAAUUAUAAAUACAAAUUUGGCAAUUGAGUUUUAAUGUGUAUUUCAGUAAAAAAAAAACGAUCCACCAUAUAAUGCAACUUUCAAUAGUAGACGCAAUUUUCAAAUGUCUCGUAGUUAUAUUUCUUAUUCUGGCCAAUCUGCGUUGUUUACACAAACAUCCCUAUAAACCCUACGCUGGGAAAUACGUUUACCGAAAAAGGCGUUAUGAGGUUCUGCACUGCAUUCUUGUAUUGGAUUUACUUUAAUGGCAUUGUUGUUAGCAAUUCACAAAAAAGUGAAAGAGAAAGAAAACAUGAUUUGUACAGGCAGAGCCCCAUAGGCCAUGCUAUACCAGUUAGCACGCCCGACGCCCACCGAUGACAGAGUGGGUAGGCUCGCACCAUCGUCCCGCCCUUCUACCUAUUUUUGAGAUAGGCAGUUCUGUCAGGGUGUAAAUAGUUUUUAAGUCUGAACCAAAUUAGACUGUUAUAUUGGAUACUUCUCUCAUUUAGCUGGAGGUUGCUGCAAUCCUUCGUUGGUCCGUUGGUUCCGACGAUCGUUCCCGUAUCCGCGUUUCCUCGGCCAUUACGCUGUUUACAUUGCAUUGUUGCUCGUGGUAGUGGCGGG